CCGAGGAAGGUGCGCUCCGGCCGGCCUGGGGCCCGACCCGGAAGCCGCCGCGCGGGCUGCGCUCGCCUCUCGCCGGGGAAACUCCGGGCCACCCGAGUCCUUGGGCCCGUCGCGGCCUCCUUCCCCGGGCCCCACGGGCCCAUGGGUCUCCAUGACGACGGCAGGGGCCCGGCCGGGGGGCGGGCAGCCCGGGUGGGGCCGCGGCGCUCCGGGGGCCUCCGCGGCGGCCUGGCCGUGUUCGCCGCCGUGGCCGCCGUGUUCACCCUCACGCUGCCCCCCUCGGUGCCGGGGGGAGACUCGGGGGAACUGAUCACAGCCGCACAUGAGCUUGGAGUUGCCCAUCCUCCUGGCUAUCCUUUGUUCACUCUGGUGGCUAAACUGGCAAUUAGACUAUUUCCUUUCGGUUCAGUUGCCUACCGAGUCAAUCUUCUGUGUGGCUUAUUUGGAGCAGUAGCUGCAGCAUUACUGUUUUUCACCGUUUUCAGGCUUUCUGGCUCCCAUGCUGGAGGAAUCCUUGCUGCGGGGGUGUUUUCAUUCUCUCGUCUAACAUGGCACUGGUCCAUUGCAGCAGAGGUUUUCAGCUUAAACAAUCUGUUUGUGGGGCUGCUUAUGGCUCUUACUGUACAUUUUGAGGAGGCAGCAACCGCCAAAGAAAGAUCAAAGAUAGCUAAAAUUGGUGCUUUCUGCUGUGGCCUUAGCUUAUGUAAUCAGCACACAAUAGUACUCUAUAUUUUGUGCAUAAUACCAUGGAUUCUCUUCCGACUUUUAAAAGAGAAGGAACUCUCCCUGGGCUCUUUGUUGAAGCUGAGUCUGUGCUUCGGUGCUGGCUUGUUGCCCUAUGUCUACCUUCCUGUCUCGUCCUACCUCAAUCAAGCCCGUUGGACCUGGGGAGACCAGACAACAUUGCUAGGAUUUUUGACGCAUUUUCUCAGGGAAGAAUAUGGAACAUUCAGUCUGGCCAAAUCUGAAAUAGGAUCCAGUAUGUCUGAAAUUUUGCUUUCUCAAGUAACAAGUAUGAGGACCCAACUCUCAUUCAACAUUCAAGCCCUCGCAGUUUGGGCAAAUAUAUCUUUAGCAAGAAAGGACAGACAGAACCCAUCAUUAGUAUGGCUUUUUACUGGAAUGUUUUGCAUUUAUUCAUUGUUCUUCGCUUGGAGGGCGAAUUUAGAUAUUUCAAAACCACUUUUCAUGGGUGUGGUGGAAAGAUUCUGGAUGCAGAGCAACGCUGUGGUGGCCGUGCUCGCCGGCGUCGGCUUGGCCACGCUAGUUUCUGAGAGCAACCGAGUGCUGAGCACCAGUGGGCUUCAGUGUCUGGAGUGGCUUUCAGCAACGCUUUUUAUAAUCUACCAAAUAUAUUCUAAUUUCAGCAUUUGUGACCAAAGGACCAACUAUGUUAUUGAUAAAUUUGCAAAGAACCUUCUAGCCUCUAUGCCUCAUGAUGCAAUUAUCUUACUCAGAGGAGAUUUGCCAGGGAAUUCUCUCCGUUACAUGCAUUAUUGCGAGGGACUGAGGCCAGAUAUUUCACUAGUGGAUCAGGAAAUGAUGACUUAUGAGUGGUAUUUACCCAAGAUGGCAAAGCACUUACCAGGUGUCAGCUUUCCUGGAAACCGGUGGAAUCCUGUGGAAGGAAUGUUACCUAGUGGAAUGGUCACAUUUAAUCUUUAUCAUUUUCUUGAAAUAAAUAAACAGAAAAAAACAUUUGUUUGCAUAGGAAUUCAUGAAGGUGACCCAACCUGGAAAAAGAACUAUUCACUUUGGCCUUGGGGUUCUUGUGACAAAUUAGUUCCUUCAGAGAUUGUAUUCAACCCUGAGGAAUGGAUUAAACUCACAAGAAAUAUCUAUAACUGGACCGAAGAAUAUGGAAGGUUUGACCCAUCUUCUUGGGAAUCUGUGGCCAACGAAGAGAUGUGGCAAGCAAGGAUGAAAACCCCGUUCUUCAUCUUUAACCUGGCAGAAACAGCAAACGUACCUCCAAAUGUGAAGGCUCAACUCUACACUCACGCAUAUAACAAGGAGGCAGGAGGGUCAGAGAGAAGGAGACGUGAUGAUGCAAGCAGAGGUCAGAGGAAAAGAUUCGAAGACACUACGUGGCUGGCCUGGAAGAUGGGAGGAAGGGGCCACAAGGUAGGGAGUGCAGGCAGCCUCUGCAAGCCACCAAGGGCAAAGAAACAGAUUCUAGAGCCUCCACGAAGAACACAGCGCUGCUGCUUUUACAAAAUCCUCGAUUUUAUGCAUUUUGACCUCCAGAAGGGUAAGAUAAUAAAUGUAUACUGUCUUAAGCCAUUAUGUUUGUGCUGAUUUGUUACAACAGCAGAGGAAACUAAUAGGAAGCCAUUGGAACAGGAAACAGUCACCACCAGACAAGUUCUGACAGGUUUGCCCUCUAGACAAAAGUCAUGGCCCUGGCUGCACUCGAAAGGAUAGGUUCCUGGCUGGGUGGGAUUUCAUGAGAAAGAUAAAGGGUCUUGGCAAGAGGCUCUGUCUUCUGACUGUGGCCCUGUCUUCUGACUGAAGCCAGCCCAACCUUCAGAUGGCCCGGCCACACACAGACUCUUGUGCAGGCGGUCCUCACUGACGGGAAAAGAGAGGGUGGAGCACAGGCUUGCUGUUGCUCUGUUUUAACGAGCCCCUUCUUUUCUGUGACUUAUAGCCCUGGGUUCCUCAGACACCUUCAGAGAUCAUCUUGGAGCCUACUAUGUAGGAAACAGAUGUCCUGGCAUGGGCCAGUGAGACCAGAGCCCGGGAGCCAUAUACAUGAGCACCUGAGGUGUUUCUGCAGCCUCUAGGUGCUGUGGGUCUACUCACCAGGGCAGUGGUUUAGAGCUAAGUCACAAUCACACAGCGUCCAAUCCGUAGGACUCAUUUUACUCCUAAAUUUUGUGAUCGUGGGUUCAUUGUUCAUUUAUUCAUUUACUCACAGAGCGCUUACUGAUCGCCCAGUCUGUGCCAAAUAUUGUGUUGGAGAUGACCAAGUAUUGUCCCUGCUACCAAAGAGGUAGCAGGCUAGAGAGGGAGACAGAAGGUAGAGUCCUCGGUUACAUUCAGUCUUGCAGAGGUGCUGUGGGAACAGCACACUGUACGUGAGUACACCCCCCUGGCGAGGGGUGGUGAGGAAGGAGGGGGAAGUCUUCGGAGAUGUCACUGGAGUGUCAUCUUGAAAGCUCAGACGAGCUAGCCAGACAAACUGUGGGCAGGGUAGUGAGAGAGUGGGCGAGGAAGGACAGUCGAUAGGGACAAAGGAAGAACCCUCCGAGGUGCCCACUCGAGGACAGCAAGGGAUCGAUUGCAGGAGGCAGCAAGCUGGAGUUCUGUCUGGCGUUUGGAAGAUCCAGGUUCAAGGCCUACUCCACCACUAAUUGUCAACUGUAAGUCAGUUAAGCAUUCCAGGCCUCGAUUUUUUCUAAAAAUAGAAGUGGACUUUAAGCUUUAUUAAUUAUCUCUCACGCCCUGGUCAUGUCAUAUCCUGUUCAUCUCUCAUACCCUGUGAUUCCAUGAAAAACAAAUAGUAUUUAGUUGGGAGAAAUCCCUGAGACUUACUGAUACUUCAUAUUCUCAUCAGUGACCUGUUCCAUGGCCACCGUUGCUAGGGCGCCACUGAAGCCAAUUCACGGAUUCAUUGUCCCUUUGGACCUGGAAGCUUUACUCUUUCCAGUGGACACAAGUCCGUGGGUGUCUUCUUUGCAUAUGCCUCCAGAUAUGUGACUUUGUUUGCAAGACAAAUGAAGUCAAAUACUUGAUGGGUCAACACAAACCCACCCCCCCAGUACCGGUAUUUCAAGAACGUUCUUGUUAAGUGUAAGACAUUUUUGUCAUUAUUUAUAGUAUUCCACUCAAUAGCUGAUGCAGAACUUUCAGUUCAGGAGACAUUAAGUUCAGGUGUAGUGGGGGAGCAGGGACUAUCCCCAUUAGCUUUAGGAAUGCAUUCGAUAAGUUGGUGUCCCCACUAAAUAGAAUACAGUCUGCUAAGACUAAUGUCACAGUAACAUUCACAUAGAGGAGGAAACGUAAUUCCAUGUGAUGAGAAAUGACCGGCUUCUUAAGAUACAGCACAUGUGGCUUACCGGGCCACGGGUAGAAGUUGACGAUGCGUCGGUAACAAAGUGUUCGAGAGACGGGUGGUAUGUUCAUUCUGUUAUCUGAUGACUUUAACAGGGAGGUCAUGAGCGAGCCUCUCAUCCUCUUGAGCCGUUGGGGAAAUGCUCACUGAAGGGCUGGCCUCUGUGUUGAACUCCAGAACCCAGGUGGGAUUCUGAAAGCUGAACCGUUUUCUGAACAGUUCCUGGGUGCCUGCUUUGUGCCUGGCAGCAAGGCUUGGAAAAAGAAGCAGCAGACAGAGGAAAAAAAAAAAAAAAAAACCUGAGGAAAGACAGGGAAACGUUGAAUAACUGACCAAGAGAAUGGAAGAGUGGAAGAUAGCGUCACAGUUUCCACGUACAUGCAAGUGCGAGGUGACUGUUUCCUUUGUUAUGGAGUGAAAGAAGCGCAUGGGCCAACUGCUUUAAAAGCCAGCUUGGGGGCACCUGGGUGGCUCAGUCCGUUAAGCAUCUGACUUGAUACCAGCUCAGGUCAUAACCUCACGGUUGGUGAGUUUGAGCUAUGAGCCAGGCUUUGCACUGACGGCACGGAGACUUUAGGCUUCUCUCUCUCCCUCUCUCUGCCCCUCCCUCACUCUCACUCUCUCUCCCUCUCAAAAUAAUAAACUUAAAAAAAAAAAAAAAAAAAGGCCAGCUUGGAGACUAAAGGUUAGUAAAUACCAAGAUGACAUAUGCAUUUAUCUGCCCUGGAGUAGAAGUCGGGCCAGUAGAUAAUCUGUUGGGUUCCUUUCAGCUGAGUGAUGUGAUGAAUACAGUUCUAACUGCAAAAGCCCUUGUGCCUGUAGAAAAGCAUCAUUGCUUGUUCUGCGCGUUGAGUCUGCUGCUGACCUCAAGUUCCUGUACAUCCGAGUCCAAUCUGACAGUCCUCAGGAAGGCUGUGAAAUUUCCCAAUAAGCAAGUCUAAUAUUCCGUUGUGCAGAUUUGUGUCUUUCAUUUGUUGAAUUUUGAUGUUUCUCCCUGGAAAACUCAAUACCAAAGAUUCCAGCUCUGUCUGAUUAAUGCUAUCUCUGAUGUUGGAAAAACAAAAUUCCUGAUUCCUGUGGGCAAAGUGUUAACUAUUAAAAUUAUAAUUAUAGGGUGCUCCAAAGAGCAUCUCGCCGUGAGGACAUCUCUUAAAUUCUGUUACGCCCAGCCUAUUCGAUGACGGAUUUGUUUGAGCUGUUUUAUUGUUGCUAUUGUUAUUACUGUUGUUUUUAAUGUAGAGAGAAAUCUAUGUGAAAAUGAGGGUCAAAAUUUAAAUUCCUUCAAGUUCUUUUUCCAUGCAGUUUUCUAAAGAAAGCUAUUUUUUUUCCUCUAACAGCUAAAUUUAGAGUUUCAACCUUUCUGCCUGUUGAGUAAAUAGCUUUCCAUGAAUUAGAACUAAAUCCCUUUCCCAGAACAUCUUUCUGGAGGAAGAGCAUUAUGUCCUGACACCGUGUGUCUUAGGUUCCCUCUGCACAUCCGAAAACCCCAGAAGCAGUUUUAGAUGAAGUACAUUUGCCUCCUGCCACUGUCAUAAUUACAGUAACAUUCUUGCAUUUUCUGCAUGGCCUAGCAAUGAUUAGAUUUUGACUAUCGUCCGCCUGGAUUUUUUUUUCCUUGUGUUAUUAAUUCCUCUGUGUUUUCUGGUUUUUGAAAAAAAAAGUCAAGGGAUAACAAUGGAAUACCAACAUUUUUGCCGUU